GUAACACUCAUUUCCUUUCAUGUUGAACGUGUCACGUGCUAAACUGUCCGGCCACAAUUGACAGCAAUGGACACCAGACCGAGCGCAGUCAGAGGAGGCAGUUGGAGAAGGGGCGGCCGAGGUGGAAGCAACAGCGAAACUGCCGGUGGUGAACACCGGGGCAGAGGGAGAGGAGGCUACCACCGUGGCCGGGGUAAAAGAGACCACUACCGCGGCCGUGGACGCGGCGGGAGCGGCCCCCCAGCGGACUUCCAACACCGGGACGAAGGAGAAGAUGAAGGAGACAACUUUCAGGAGGAAGUCGACAGGAAGGAGGUUUUCUCCAAGAGGAAACUGGCGUCAAACUGGGACCGUUAUGAGGCAUCAGAGAAGCAGGAGCCUGAUGAUGAGGACACGCCCGCUCAGAGAGGAACAGACUACCACCUCCUACUGGAGUCCGCAGGGGAUUGCUUCACUCAAUUCCGGUUUUCAGAAGAAAAGGAAUGGGAGAUGGACUCUUCAGCCAGUCCGAUGUCUGCAGUGUUUGUGGACCUCCCGGCGCUCGCCGAGAUCCUUCAACAGGUGCCUCUCCAUCAGAGACUCAACCUGGAGGCUGAGCUGCUACAGAUCUCGACGCCAUUAGAACUUCCCAGUGUGACCCUCCCAGUGAAGCAGGAGACGGCCAAAACGGCCACAUUUACUCUUCCGUCGGCAGCUUUAAAAAUAGCGUCGAGCUCAAACCCUCCAGUUUCCUCCAGUGCUGCAGAACCUCCGGUGGAUGAUGAUGAGGAGCUGGACCAGCUGCUCAGUUUACAGAAACCAGUCUGGGACGAAUCAGGAAGCCAAUCAGUCAGCGUCGCAGAUGAGAGUGCAGUUCCAAAGAGAGUGUGUGAGCGAGUGCAGGAGGACGUCCUUGUGUUGACAGAAGAGAAAAUGGAUGAGGUGAAAAAUAACGAUGUCAACCCUCCCGAGUCUGCUUCGGUCAGACCGGAAAUGACUGAGGAGGACCUGGAGGACUGGCUCGACAGCAUGAUCUCCUGACCGGCACCCACCAGGGAAAGGACAUAAGAUCGGACUUUGUUUUCUUCAGGUCACUCCUGUGCUGUAGGAGAAAUGUUACACAGUGCCACAUUGUUUAGUCUAAGGAAUGAAGAAAUAUAGAACUGUUGC